AUGGUUCGAGGAAGAGAUGCAUGUUGGGAGCACUGUGUCCUUGUUGAUGCAACGAAGCAGAAGGUUAGGUGUAAUUAUUGUCAACGGGAGUUUAGUGGAGGCGUAUACAGGAUGAAGUUUCAUUUAGCUCAAAUAAAAAACAAAGAUAUAGUUCCCUGCACAGAAGUCCCAACUGAUGUGCGAGAUCACAUUUUAAGUAUACUGGAAACUCCCAAGAAACAGAAAACUCCCAAGAAACCAAAAGUCGAUAAAGCAGCUCUAGCCAAUGGUCAACAAAUUAGCUCUUCUGCUAGUGGUGACUUCCAUCCUACCCAUGUCUCUAAUGGACAGAAUGGAAGCACCUGCCCAUCUUUGUUAUUCCUAUGUCCUUCACCAACCUCACAGGAACCAGUGGAUGAUGUUCAAAAGCAAAAGCAGGAUCUCGCUGAUAAAACAGUUGCUGUGUUUUUCUUCCACAAUUCUAUUCCAUUUAGUGCUGCUAGGUCCAUAUAUUAUCGGGAAAUGGUGGAUGCUGUAGCAGAGUGUGGAGGAAAUUACAAAGCCCCAAGCUAUGAAGUACUGAGAUCUACUCUGCUGGAAAAAGUGAACAGUGAUAUACAUGAUCGCUACAAGAAAUAUAGAGAUGAAUGGAAAGAAACAGGCUGCACUAUCUUAUGUGAGAGCUGGUCUGAUGGUAGGAACAAGUCACUUGUCAUAUUCUCAGUUACAUACCCCAAGGGGACCCUGUUUCUGAAGUCUGUUGACGUAUCAGGUCAUGAAGAUGAUACUACGUACUUGUUUGAGCUGCUCGAGUCUGUGGUCUUGGAAGUUGGUGUGGAAGAUGUUGUCCAAAUUAUAACAGAUACUUCUUCCAGUUAUAUUUAUGCAGGAAGGCUUCUUAUGGGCAAGUACAGUUCUUUGUUUUGGUCUCCUUGUGCUUCUUAUUGCAUUAACAAAAUUUUGGAGGAUAUUGGUAAACAAGAAUGGGUGUGCAUUGUAUUGGAAGAGGCAAGGACCAUCACAAACUUCAUAGGCAGUCAUGGAUGGACUUUGAGUAUGAUGAGAAAAUUCGCUGGUGGAAGGGAGUUGGUCAGGCCAAAAAUUAAUAGAUUUGUGACAAAUUUCCUCAACUUGAGGUCGAUCGUGAUUCAGGAGGACAAUAUAAAGCACAUGUUUUCUCAUCCAGAAUGGGUAUCUUCAGCAUCAAGUAGGCGCCCUGAAGCCCAAGCUGUUAAGUCCUUGUUGUAUGUAGAGAGGUUUUGGCAGCAUGCACAAGAAGCUGUGACCAUUGCUGAACCACUGGUUAAAAUUCUUAGAAUUGUCGAUGGGGACAUGCCAGCUAUGGGCUACAUUUAUGAAGGAAUAGAGAGUGCAAAGAUUGCAAUAAAGACAUAUUACAAGGGUAUUGAAGAGAAAUAUAUGCCAAUCUGGGAUAUAAUUGAUCGGAGAUGGAGUAUGCAGCUACAUUCGUCCUUGCAUGCAGCAGCAGCGUCUCUUAAUCCUUCUAUUUUCUAUAAUCCAAAUUUCAAGAUUGACUCAAGGAUGAGAAAUGGGUUUCAAGAAACAAUGUUAAGGAUGGCUUCCACUCAUGAAGAUAAAAUGGAAAUAACUAAAGAGCACCCUGUGUAUGUUACUGCACAAGGCGCUCUUGGCUCUGAUUUUGCAAUCAUGGGAAGGACACUGAAUGCCCCAGGUGACUGGUGGGCGGGAUAUGGUUACGAGAUCCCCACGCUACAGAGAUAUGCACUAAGGAUAUUAAGCCAGCCUUGUAGUUCCCAUUGGUGCUGUUGGAACUGGAGCACCUUUGAGAGCAUACAUGCAAAGAAGCACAGCAGGACAGAACCGGAAAAUUUCGAUGACUUGGUAUUUGUUCAUUGCAAUCUUUGGUUGCAGUCCAUUUCUCAAAAUAGAGAUGCGAAAUGUAAACCUAUUGUGUUUGAUGAAAUAGAUGUCAGCUCUGAAUGGCCAACAGAGUUGGAAUCUCCUGCCCCGAUUUUGGAUGAUUCAUUAUUGGACAGCUUACCCUUAAAUUUAGACGUAGUCUCUGAAUUGUAA